ACUUUGUAACUUUGUUUUCCUUUUAUAACAUCUCAGCCAUUCACAGAUUAACUGGUAGAAACAUUCUUGGAAAAUUUAUGAUGGCAAAUUCAGGGAAACCCUUAUGGGAAAAGGUCAAUGCAUUGCAUUGGAUAUAAAUGUUAACAAUGUAACCGGAAGCAGCGAUAAUGUAACAUUAAUAGACAUAAACACUUUUUAAUUAUUUUCAGAGGAUAAGUGUCCUUUAGUUCAUUACAAUCUCCCUUGUUGAGUUGAAUUCAUUGCAUUUCCAGAGAGAUUAACCAAAGUGGCCACCAGAUGGCGCAGGUGAACCUACAUUAGAGACCAGCCUGCAAAUUUGUCAGCAAAGAAGAGGAAAGGGUCAGCUCAGUCGGGCUGUAUUAUCAGCAUCAGCAACAGCAGCCAGAGUGUCUUGUGUCUGCUGCAGGCAAUGGAACUCUUUUCCAAGUCAAGAACAUUGCCACUGCAGCCCAGCAGAGAAGAUCCACACAGGCAUGCCGGCAGCAGCAUCUGCAUGCUCUCAUUCAUUCUACUGCAGUAAAGCUCUAGCCAUGAGGACAUGAGAGGAGCCUGCAGAUGCUUUAAAGUAGAGUAAUUGAUUCCUAAAAGCUGCUUUUCCGAUCACUAUGGUUAUUUUAUUCUAGGAUUUUAAUCUGCGGUUUUAUGGAUUUAUUUUUUUCCCCAAGAGAAGAAUUGAUGGCAAGCAAACACCCCAUGAAUAGAAUGGCUUGGAAAAGAAUGGACUUUCUGAAGGGGUUCCUUCAUUUUUUGCAAAAUUUAGAAGUCACCCAGGGAUCUGCUUGUCUCUGUUGAGAACCUUUUUUUUUUUUUUUUUGGUUUCCUCUAGCAAACACAGUGUUGGGAGAUUGAGCAGUGAGUCCCAGCAGGGGAUUAUCCUAAAAAAGUGGAGAAAAAGUCCAAAGCAAAAAUGGCAAAGGUUGUUGGGGAAAGUUUGGUAGAAGACCUUGCCAAGGUUUCUGAUGAGGAGCUAAUGAAGUGGACUAAGGAGGAGCUGAUUGUCCGACUCCGAAGGGCAGAGGUUGACAAGAUGAGUGCUAUGCUGGAUCACAGCAAUCUGAUCCGGGAGGUGAAUAGGAGACUGCAGCUGCAUCUAGGGGAGAUCAGAGGGCUUAAGGAUGUAAAUCAGAAGCUGCAAGAAGACAACCAAGAACUCAGAGACCUUUGUUGCUUCUUGGAUGAUGACAGACAAAAAGGGAAACGAAUUUCAAGAGAAUGGCAAAGACUUGGAAGAUUUACUUCAGGAAUAAUGCAAAAAGAGGUUACUUUAUACUUGCAGAAAUUAAAGGAGCUUGAAGUAAGACAAGAAGAAGUGGUAAAGGAAAACCUUGAACUGAAAGAACUUUGUUAUUUGCUAGAUGACGAAAAAAUUGGAGUUGCUGGUAGUCGAUGUUCCAUCGACAGUCAAAAUAGCCUCUGUCAAUUGAAUACAACAACCAGCACUUUCCUACGAGAUGUCGGUGAUGGAAGUAGCACAUCCAGUGCAGGUAGCACAGAUAGUCCAGACCAUCAUAAACCAAGUUCUACCAGCAGUCCUGAACACCUUCAAAAAAGUAAAAGUGAAGGAAGUCCUGAACACCAGAAACAUGGAAGUGGAAGUCCAGAACAUCUUCAAAAGCCUAGGAGUUCAGCAAGCCCUGACCAUCAGAAACAUCUGAAAAGUGCCAGUCCAGAGCAUCAUAAAAGUGUGGGUAAAAGUAGUCCUGAGCCACAAAGGCAUACUUGUAGUAGCCCAGAAAAUCUACAAAAACAAAUAUUAAGUAGUUGUCCUGAACAUUUUAAAAAGCAUAGGUCUGGUGGUAGUCCAGAGUACCAAAAGCUCAGCAGUGGCAGUCCAGAUCAUCUCCAAAAACAUACAUUAAGUGGAAACUCAGAACAUCUUCAAAAAGCAAGGGGCAGUAGCCCUGAGCAUCUCAGACAUUUUGGAGGUAGCCCAGAACAUCUCAAACUUUUGAGUGGGAGCAACAGGGAUGGCUCCUUAAGACGACAAGUAGCAGAUGAAAUGUCAUCUCAUCACAGAAGUGUGUACAAUGGAAUGAAUGGUUGUGUGGAGGAAACUUGGAGAUGCUGCAGGUUCAUGUCCUGGAAUUAGACAUCUUUCUGGAAGUCAGUACAAAGGACCAAUGUAGACCAACAUGGAUACCGCCUAAGCCCUUGUGGAAAAAGAAUAACCUUAAAAUGAUGAUGUUACUAGUGGAAAAACGAAAACAAAACAAAAGUUACUCACAAACGCUAAGCCCCAGACAUGAUGAUGUGUCUGAACUUUUCACUGUAUAGAUUGAUACAUGGCACAACCUUGUCAAAAUUAUAAGCUGCAAAUCUGUUCUUUAAAAUAAAAGGAAUAUACACUUCUUGAUAGCACAUAUUAUAAAUACCUUCUGAUGGCACAGUUGUUUAAUACCAAAAAAAAAAAAAAAAAAAAAGAAGCUAAAGAUUUAUUUAUAAAUAAUGUUUCAGUCCAGUAAAUUAAACAUAUUGAUAUAAUGUAAGAUGUCUAACCAUAAUGAAGGUUACAUUAAAAAGUUAUUGUAGCACAACAAAAAUGUUUAGGUAUUCUAUAUAGUAAUGGUAACUGGUAAUUUUGACGUAAUGCAAAUAUGAGAUAAAAGUUUUGGUUACUUAUUUAUACUGUUCAAUGUAGAAUAUUAUUAUUACUACACCAGGCAUCUGGGGUUCAUCUCCUAUAGUAUUACUGAUAGAACAAAAUAAAAAAUAAAAAAAUGAAUAUACCACAUCCUAUUCCAUUACAGAAGCUUUUGAAAUGAUAUAAUAAAGAGACUUUUCUUUGGUUCCUACCUAUAUCCUCUUCCUAAAUAUGGUGCUGCACAAUCGUGGGCAUGCCAAAGUGCUCUAGCUUCUAUUGUUUUAAAUUUUAUUACCAAUUUUAGUAAUUAUUUUAUCAUUUUCAGUUUUAUUUAUUUUUGUAUUUAUGUUAUUUAGAUAUCAAUUAAUUAAUGAUUUGUUUUGUGUAUUUAUUUUUCUAUAGAAAAUGUAGUUCCUGAUUAGUUGUGUUUAGAGGUGCUAAAUUUAUGCUGAUUCCUUUCAGGGAAUAGAUAAAAUUAAAGCUAGUCAUGAAAAUAAAUUUAAUCAUAAUGAGAAAAAAAAAAGAUGUUUUGAAUAGAAUUUACAUAAUUUUAAAUAACCAGUGGGACCACUCUUGACUUUUAGAUGUACAUUAUUAUUAUUAUUUCAAAGUUUCAAUUAAAAAGAAUUCUAAAUAGUAUUGGUAAUUUAUAUCUUUUUGACGUUUUGGUUUGUUUUUAUAAGUUGGGGGAAAAAAUCUAAAAUUGCACUGCAUUUAUGUAACUCGAGCUUAUCUUGCAUAUGAUUCAUUGAAAGAAAGAUUGACAAAUAAUCAAAGCAUGAACUUCCAUUACUCAACUGCUAGAUGCUUUUAUUCAGAUUGCCUGAGUAUUGACCAAGAGGUGCCAUAGUUGUGUGUAGUUGGAUUUCUUCAUAUGUUAACAAUCAUUAGGUUGUGUGUAGUUAAAAUGCUUUGAUAGAUGUUUGAUGUGUUCCAACUGCUAUGAUAGUUUCUUGUAUGAAUGUGCAACAGGCUUGUUAAAAUAUAUAGUUGCUUAUUUUUUCACUUUAAAUAUAUAAUAGGAAUGCAACAAUCUUCUAUUUUGUAAAAUAUAAUAUGAAAUUAUAUUGACAUAUUUGAAAAAAUUGUUGUUUCAGUAUUCAUUGUUUCUAUGAAUUUAGAAAAUAAUUAUGUAGAACUAAAAUGACAUCUGACUGCAGACAGAGACCUGAUUGUUAGAACAUCUCUUCACCCACCCCCAGUAAGAGGUGUAAAUUACAAUUUAAUAUGCUAAAUACACAGACAAGGCCUGCCUGGCCAAUAAUCAAAAUCUCAAUGAAAUAAUUGAGCACAUAGAAGUUACCUCCAUGUUAAUUUUGUGCAUCUGACUGCCCAAAAUACCAAAAUACGGGCCUGGUAUGCUUAAAAAGUAUAAAGAAAAGUAAUGCAAACAGACCCCUCAUAUGCCAAGCUUUGUUAGCUGACAGGUGCCCUACUAAAAUUCCCAAAUGCAUUUACUACUUACAAAUUGUAUGAAACCAAAGUAUAACAUAAAUUUUUUCCCAAUGGCAAAGUUAUAGAGUUUGCAGACUCAGCAUUCACUUCUAAGCUCUGAAACAUUCUAUCCAUAAAUAUUUGAAAAUGUUGACUUUGGCAGAUUGACGUCUUCAUUAUUGUAAUAUGGCAGAUAUAUCUCUAUCUUUAUACACAGAAAGGCCUUUGUGCAGCUUCUGAACUGGAGCCUAAGAUAUUUCAUGCCUCUGCAUUUGAGAUAUAUAAAUGUUUAUUUCAUUUUAUCUACAUAUCACAAGGGCACACCAUAUAGUUACAUAAUUAAUAGGUAUGAAAAAAGACAAGAAUCCCUCAAGUUCAACCUUACUGUUUUGCAGUAAGGUUUUGGUAUCCGUGGCCUGCAUACAGUAGCCUCAGUUCAGGUUAGCUGCAUCCCUUAUAUUAAUGGAUGAAGGUGAGAUGUGUAGAAAUGUAUUUUCAAAAGGUCCUAUGACAUUAACCCCUAGAAGAUCCAUGAGGUAAAUGUACGGCAUGACCGUAAUUUGGGGAGCGCCAGCCAGUGCUGUACUCGGGUCUCUUCAACAUUCAACACUCCCAUAGAAUAAUGGAGCACAUGCUGUCUGUGGAUAGGAAAUAAGUAACUUUUCAUUGGAGUUUUCCUUUAAGGACCCCACACACUUCCCAUACUGUAACCCCUUUACUGUACAUAUCACUAAGCAUGUUCCCCAGUUAAUGGGCCAUUUCUUUAUGUCCAUAUGUGUGCAACAGUGUAGAUAAAAGAGGAUGUUGGAAUUGGUAAAUAUGACAAAACAUUGGCCCUCAUUUACUAUUGCAAACCCAACAUGUUUUGUCGCGUUGUGUGCCAGAUUCUGUCGCAUUGCGCCAGAUUUUGCACCAGAAUUUGCGCCAGAAUUGAAAAAAUCCUGACUUACUUUCCAUUUUGCUAAGAAAACCCGAAAAAGGGGCGUGGCUGCUGUGAAAGGGGACGUGGUCUCCGAAAAGGGGCGUGUUCCCAACAUUUUCACAAAAAAACAACAUAUUUUCUAAGGUUUCCACAGAAAAUGUGAUGGAUUUGAGCUGAGGAAAAACAGACAGAUCAGAACAUGUGUCAAAAAAGCAAAGUGUAGGGAAAGUGGAAAAUGUAGGGAAACCUUAGUAAAUACCGUGGAAAAUAAAUUGUAGGGAAUUAAAACCCACAAAGAAACCUCCACAACACUAUUAGUAAAUAAGGGCCAUUAAAUUUAAACAAGGCUGGUUUACAGGACUUUGGUAAAAAGUUUAGUUGGGACCAAACAAAUUCUGUCCAAACCUCAACUUCACCAAUAACACUUAAAGCCCUGUAUAACACUGGAAGGUCAUCUAGGAGUGUAUAGAAGUACUUUUAGGCAGAUUUAGGCCAAAAUG